AGUCUGAUUUUAGAAGUUACCAGAGCUUCUUUGACCCAGGACACCGGCAAGAAGAAGAAGAAGAAGAAGAAAGGAUCUGACACAGAGUAGGACAGGAGUCCACUAUCUCAUUUCCUUCAAACUAAAACAAACGAGGUCAUCUGAAAGCCUUCUUCCAGAAGAGAGAGAAAAUUAAAGAGACAGAUAGAAAGAUAGGGUUACAGGGGGGGCAAGGAAACGGAAAGAUAGUGAGAGCCUAAUAGUCUGGUGUGGAGUUGCUGCUAUGAGCCUGGUGGUCUUAUUCUCAGUACUCCUGGUGUCUCUGAGUGGCUGCAGAUGUGCUGUCAUCACUGGGGCAUGUGACCGAGACGUCCAGUGUGGCAUGGGGCUGUGCUGCGCAGUCAGCCUGUGGCUGAGGGGCCUGCGGAUGUGCACGCCACAAGGGCUAGAGGGAGAUGAGUGCCAUCCUUUCAGCCAUAAGGUACCUUUCCCUGGGAAGAGACAGCAUCACACCUGCCCCUGCCUGCCUCACUUGGUGUGCACCAGAUUCGCAGACAACAGAUACCGAUGUACCAAUGACUACAAAAACAUUGACUUUUAAAUGCAUAUAAGGGAGAGAGAGAGAGAGAGAGAGAGAGAGUGGAAGACUGCAAGCUAGUGGAAAAGAUUACUUGAAGGAGAAAUGAAGAUAGCACAAGAAUAAGUGCCACUGUUCCUGACUCUUGGUUUUCACAUUCAUGCACUUUGCACUAAACACACCAUUAUCUGGUUUUCUCUGAAAUGCUGUCGUACUCUCACCCACACAAAACAGUGUUUGGUUCAGAAACACAAAGUCAUAGUUGGUUUACUUUGGCUCUCAGUGUAGGCCUAUUUAAACUUAGGUCAUGUAAUAAGUCAUAUGCACUGAAAUGUGUGCUCAUAGCAGAUAAGAACAUAUUGAACAUUAUAUUUCCAAAUAAAUCUAAUGCUCCAUA